AUGCAUUCUUCUCCCGUUGAAUCGAUAAUACUACCACUCGAGUGCCACCGUUGGCGGCCUUAUGUUGAGGUAAAUCACCAAAACACUUCAAGGUCGACUCCUGGCACCCUACCACGACAUAUUCGACCACCCACCACGACCAUAUCGAUACGCCCGGCCAAGCUCUAA